CCGGAAGUUUGUUGCGCAUGUGCUAGCUUGACGGAAGUUGCGGUGUUGCUGUGGUUUUGUUUGGGAAAGCUGGGACAGCCGUUUCUCCGUUUGUCAUGUCAUUAGCUUCACGGUUCCUCCCCAAAAAGGCCCGCGGGUGAUUUCUCUUCUCCACCUUUGCGGAGGUCACAGGACAGAAAUCUGGGCGGAGAGCAGAAGAUGAAAUGACAACGUCAACAUUACAGAAAGCCAUCGAUCUGGUCACCAAAGCCACCGAGGAGGACAAGGCCAAGAACUAUGAGGAGGCGCUGCGCCUGUACCAGCAUGCGGUGGAGUACUUCCUGCACGCCAUCAAAUACGAGGCGCACAGCGACAAAGCAAAGGAGAGCAUUCGAGCCAAGUGCAUGCAGUACCUGGACAGGGCGGAGAAGCUGAAGGACUACCUGAAGAACAAAGACAAGCAAGGCAAGAAGCCCGUCAAGGAGGCCCAGAGCAAUGACAAGAGCGACAGCGACAGCGAGGGCGAGAACCCGGAGAAGAAGAAACUGCAGGAGCAGCUCAUGGGAGCCAUCGUGAUGGAGAAACCCAACGUCCGCUGGAACGACGUCGCUGGGCUGGAGGGAGCAAAGGAGGCGCUGAAGGAGGCCGUCAUCCUGCCCAUCAAAUUCCCUCACCUGUUCACAGGCAAGCGGACUCCGUGGAGGGGCAUCCUGCUGUUCGGACCCCCAGGAACGGGGAAGUCCUACCUGGCCAAAGCGGUGGCCACCGAGGCCAACAACUCCACCUUCUUCUCCGUGUCGUCGUCGGACCUCAUGUCCAAGUGGCUGGGAGAGAGCGAGAAGCUGGUGAAGAACCUGUUCGACCUGGCCCGACAGCACAAACCCUCCAUCAUCUUCAUCGACGAGGUGGACUCGCUGUGCGGCUCCAGGAACGAGAACGAGAGCGAGGCGGCUCGCCGCAUCAAGACCGAGUUCCUGGUCCAGAUGCAAGGCGUGGGAAACAACAACGACGGGAUUUUGGUUCUGGGUGCCACCAACAUCCCCUGGGUGCUGGACGCCGCCAUCCGCAGAAGGUUUGAGAAGAGGAUCUACAUCCCUCUGCCCGAGGAGCCGGCCCGAGCGCAGAUGUUCCGGAUCCACCUGGGGAACACGCCGCACACCCUCAACGACGCCGACCUGCGGCAGCUCGCCCGCAAAACCGAGGGCUACUCCGGCGCCGACAUCAGCAUCAUCGUCCGGGACGCGCUCAUGCAGCCGGUCCGGAAGGUCCAGUCCGCCACCCACUUCAAGAAGGUCCGAGGUCCAUCCCGAAGCAACAACCAGCUGAUGGUGGACGACCUCCUGACCCCGUGCUCCCCAGGUGACCCCGGCGCCAUAGAGAUGACCUGGAUGGACGUGCCUAGUGAUAAGCUGCUGGAGCCCAUCGUCUGCAUGUCCGACAUGCUGCGCUCUCUGUCCACCACCCGGCCCACCGUCAACACCGAAGACCUGCUGAAGGUCAAGAAGUUCUCAGAGGACUUUGGGAUGGAGGGCUGACGGAACCGUCCCUCCCUGAAGACUGGAACUGCUCCCAGUGACGAAUCUCCCAUCAUCCUCUCCUUCACCGCUCUGUAGGCUUUCAUGACGGACGCCUCCGGCUGUGACCUCUGCUCUGUCGGGAUCCUCAGAGGACGUUAACGCCGGGGUCAGAGUCGGAGGCCCCGUUCCGGCCGUCUUCUGCUCCAGCAUCUUUCACUCCAUGAACGUUUCUCUGUUCUCUGGGAGAGCGGCCCUGACUGAAGGAUUCCUGUUCAUCUGCACUUUGUUUUUGACUCCAGUGAAGGACAGCGUGAAGGUCGCUCCUGCCGCCGCGCCAGCGUGUUUUAUGAAAACCCCGUGAAUGUCAGGAGUCCCCGCUUUAUUUAAUGUUAAGUGUUUGGAUGUGAGACAGUAUUAAGAAGACGAGACGUCUGAGUGGAGCUGCAGCUCAUAAAUCAGAGUGAACGACUCUGUUAUUGUUUCUACUGCAGAAAAAUGUCUUCAGGUGAUGAAGCUGAAAAACAAAAUCACAAAAAUUAGGAUUUCUACAGUGAAACAGUUUAUAUGAUUGACAUGAAAACUGGAGGAAGCUUUAAGGAGAGUCGGAUGCAGAUGGAUGCUGACUGAUGCAGACGGAUGCAGACGGAUGCUGAUGGAUGCAGAUGGAUGCAGAUGGAUGCUGAUGGAUGCAGACUGAUGCAGACGGAUGCAGACGGAUGCUGAUGGAUGCAGAUGGAUGCAGAUGGAUGUUGAUGGAUGCAGACUGAUGCAGACGGAUGCAGACGGAUGCUGAUGGAUGCAGAUAGAUGCUGACUGAUGCAGACGGAUGCUGAUGGAUGCAGGCGGAUGCUUGAUGGAUGCUGACGGAUGCAGACGGAUGCUGAUGGAUGCAGAUGGAUGCUGAUGGAUGCAUGCGGAUGCUUGAUGGAUGCUGAUGGAUGCUGACGGAUGCAGACGGAUGCUGACUGAUGCAGAUGGAUGCUUGAUGGAUGCUUGAUGGAUGCUUGAUGGAUGCUUGAUGGAUGCUGAUGGAUGCAGGCGGAUGCUUGAUGGAUGCUGAUGGAUGCAGACGGAUGCUGAUGGAUCCUUGAUGGAUGCAGACGGAUGCUGAUGGAUUCUUGAUGGAUGCUGAUGGAUGCAGACGGAUGCUUGUUCUUCUGACUCGACGUUUCCUCGGUGCUGCAUUAGCUCAGCUGUGUUUGGUUGUUGAACGCUCCUCUGAGAACCUAACAUGCCAACAGCUGUAACCAUGACGACUAAUUUAACUGACUGAAUAAAGACUGAUAGUUGAAGUGAAGAACAUCAA